CCAGUGGGAGGAGCCACAUGAUGAGUGGGAUCCUGAAGAGGAAGCUUGAGGAGGGUCCGUCCCCUUACCUGUCCCUGCAGGGGUCUGAUGAUGAUGAGGUUUCCUGCAGCGACAGCGGCAACAGCAGUGAUAGUCUCAACCAUCCCGUCCCUUCUGGACUGCUGGACUCAACUCUCCAGCAGCAGUCAAAGCGACUGCGGGGCCGCAACGUGCACUUUGAGAGUGUGACCGUUUAUUACUUCAACAGGCGGCAGGGCUUCACCACUGUGCCCACACAGGGUGGCAGCACCCUGGGGAUGUCACCACGUCACAGUGGGGUGAAGCGCUUCACCCUCAGGGAGUUUGCCAUGGAGCAGAAACAGAGCCAUUGGAACAUGCUGAGGGAUCAUCUCAAAGAGGAAAAACUUAAUGCCAUCAAACUCAAACUGACUAAGAAUGGCACUGUGUCCUCCAUGGAGGCGGAUACCCUGACGCUUGAUGACAUCUCCGAAGAUGACCUGGAUGUGGACAACACAGAGGUGGAUGAUUACUUCUUCCUCCAGCCUCUGACUACCAGGCGGCGCCGCGCCCUUCUCCGCUCCUCUGGGGUCAGGCGCAUCGACGUGGAGGAGAAGCACGAGCUGCGUGCCCUCCGAAUGUCCCGAGAGGAGUGUGGGUGCCGCUGCAGGGGGAUAUGCGACCCAGAGACCUGUGCUUGCAGCCUGGCCGGCAUUAAGUGCCAGGUAAAUGGAACUGUGGUGGACCGCAUGUCCUUCCCUUGUGGCUGCACCAAAGAAGGCUGCAGCAACACCACGGGACGCCUGGAGUUCAACCCGGUCAGGGUGCGCACCCACUUCCUCCACACCAUCAUGAAGCUGGAGCUGGAGAAGAGCCGCGAGGAGCAGCAGCAGCAUCAUCAGCAGCAGCCGGAGCAGCAGCUUGUAACCAAUGGCAACGGUUACCAUGGCGACUCCUCCUUGGUCCAGCAGCAGCCGAACCUGCAGUUUCCACUGAUGAGUGGCGCGCCGCACAUUCCCAUCAUGCACCUCCAGAACACAGGCGACACGGAUUCGCAUCUAGAUGAAGAAGAGGAAGAGGAAGAAGAAGAAGAGGACGAAGACGACGAAGAUGAAGAAGAAGAUGAAGAGGAUGAAGAUGAUGAAGCUUACGAGGAAGAUGAGGAUGGGAGCAGUGUUUGCAGCGGGCUGUCGGACUGCAGCACGCACAGCUUGGAAACAAUCGACCCUGAGGACGGAGAGGAGGAUGAGGAGGAUGAGGAAGACGAUGAUGAUGAGGAGGAAGAAGACGAAGAGAAGGAUAAUUGGGAUUGCUCGUUGCACGGAACGGGUCCUCCGCCCUACUCGGUUCCCCUUCCUUCUGUGCUGAGUUACUCUAAUAACACGCUCAUGAGUCUCAAUAACCCCUUCCACAACACUCCCCCCAUGCAGCAUUAUCAGAUAGACAGCUCUGUGAAUGACACUCCUGCGUUUCUCAGAGAAAAUGUCAGCGGCGCCCCCACUCUCCCCACAGUAGAGACCGCAUUAGAGUCUGACAUAAACACAGAACUCCACUGCCAGACAGAGCAGCAGAGCAUUCCCUGCCAUUUCCCCGACCCCACAGAGUCCCUGACUCUCCAAACUUGCUCACAUGUAGACACCCGUGAGAGUAACACUGCCCCCGCUGGUGCAUCCGCCGAACGGCAGCCCCAGACAGACCUCCAGAACAAUCCAGACCAUCAUGACUCACAGACUGAGGCUCCGGCGGGAUCUGUGGAGCAGACAGAGGAGGAAAUCAGGGAGCUGAUGCAGGAGCAACCAGGACUGCCAGUGCAGGGAGACGCUGACCAAACAACAAACACGUCACGCUCAGGCAGUACCUGAUGAUUAAAAUGCUUCAGAGAGAGAUCAGUUAAUAUUUGGAAAAUCUUUCUUCAAGAAUUGUGACCUUCAACCAUCAGAGUUUGAUUUAUUCUUGAUAAGUGCACUUCCAAAGAGACAAUGAGUCACACAGACACAGAAGGCUCAGAGAGGUGAUCUAAUUUUAGCUCAGUUUGUCUCUAGACCUCUCUAAGAUUGUUAGACUAUGAAACUACAAUGAAAAAGCUCAAUAAAGCAGUGUUUCUGGCCGUUACUUGUAUAAUUUAUGCCCUGUUAUAAAGUCUGUAAUCAUUACAGCAUGUUUAGUGGUUGUGACUGGCAUCUAUGACAAAUCAAUAUUUUGAGGUGCUUGUAUUGUUUCAGUAUUUGCCAUUGUGCUGGUGUCUCAUCGUUGCUGCUAAUCGUUCUUAAAUGCCUGUCUGUAUAGCAUGUGUUCAGUUUACCUAAGAUGUUUCAAGGCUUAACACAAACUGUAAAAUGAUUUUAAAAAAAGAACAUAAAUCUGUUAUAAUUCAUACUAAAGGUCUUUUUUGUUCCUUUUUUACAUUAACAAUG